UGCUUUGAAACUUGAAACCCUCUCUCUCUCCCUCUCUCUUUUCUCUCAACUGAAAUAUCUUUUACUACUUUCGUUUUAUAACUCUUUCUUACUUUCUUGAAACCCAUUCAUUUCUCCAUCGAUAUCUCGAUCUAUUGAUUGAUUCCAUGAGCGAUUCCUCCGCAUCGACGACAUCAAUCGGCGAAGAAGAGGAUGGAGGCCGGGGAGGUAGCGAGACGUCCUCCGGUGAGCCGGAGCGGGCGGCGGAAUCAGGGCGGCGCUGGCGCGACGUGUUCUGGCUCUUCGUGUUUCUUGUCCAUCUUCUUGCCUUCGGCUUCGCGCUGGGGCUUCUUGGGAUGAAUCGGUUCCAGGGGCCCGAUCGGCUCAACAUCGAUCGGUAUCGGAACAUCACUGGCUGGGGCGGAGGCAAUCGGACGGUGGAGUUUGGGGACCGAACUGUCGGCCAUGUGCGGGUUGACCUGACGGAGACGUUCUGGCCACUCUAUGGGCUCGCCGGCGGCGUGGGGACGGCGCUGGCGUGGGCUUGGUUGGUGCUGUUGGGUUCUAGGGCAAAUCAGAUGAUGAAGCUUUCUGUGCAUAUCUUGACGACUUAUCUUGCGGUGGUGAGCGUGUUGUGCUUCUGGGGCGAGCACUUCUUUUGGGGCGUCGCGUUCGCUGUUGGAGCUGGGCUGCAGUUCUUGUAUGUCAUGUCCGUCAUGGAUCGGAUCCCCUUUACAAUGCUUGUGUUGCAAAAGGCUGUGAAGAUGGUAUGGGAACUACCUGAGGUGAUGAGAGUGGCCUAUGCCUUUGUGUUUGUCAUGCUUUGUUGGCUUGUGAUAUGGACAUUUGGAGUAGCUGGCACAAUAUCUUUAAGCGCGGAUGAUGGUGCACGCUGGUGGCUUCUUCUGGUCUUUUCUGUCAGUUUAUUUUGGACAGGAGCGGUGCUUUGCAACACAGUUCAUGCGAUAGUCUCUGGAAUGGUGUUUCUUGUUCUUAUCCAUGGUGGUCAAGGAGCACCAUCAAUGCCUCCAAAGCCAUUACUUAAGGCACUUCAAUAUGCUUUGACAACUUCUUUUGGUAGCAUUUGUUAUGGAUCACUUUUCACAGCUGCUAUCCGAACAUUACGGUGGGAGAUCCGGGGAGUGCGAUCAAAAAUCGGCAACAAUGAAUGCUUGCUUUGUUGUGUUGAUUUUUUGUUUCAUCUGGUGGAGACACUAGUCCGUUUUUUCAAUAAAUAUGCAUACGUGCAGUCUAUAACAACAUCUAGUGAAUACACCAACCUUUACCUAAAUUACUUGCCCCUUCUGGAUUUCCCAAACAAACUGAUAGCAGUCAAUGGCAAAGGAUUCAAUCAUUCGGCUAGAGAUGCGUGGGAGUUGUUCCAGUCCACCGGAGUUGAAGCCCUUGUAGCCUAUGAUUGUUCGGGCGCCGUUUUACUGAUGGGCAGUAUUCUUGGGGGGCUUAUUACUGGAACCUGCACAGCAAUUUGGACUCAUUUUAAGAGGGAUGAUAGAGUUAUUAUGGUUGGUACCACCUCCAUGUUGAUAGGAAUGAUCCUGGUGGGCCUGGCGGUGGUGGUGAUUGAAGGUGCGGUAACAUCAAUAUACAUAUGCUAUGCAGAGGACCCGUCUCUAAUCCAGAGAUGGGAUGAUGAGUUCUACAACCAAAUGGCGGAGGCUCUUCACCAGCGUUUGCAGUAUCGCAGUGCAAGAGCCGGAAGAGUAACAAGAUUGGAUCAAAUCCCAGAUACACCAUCCCCAGUUUGAAUAAAAAAACAAAACAAAACAUACAACAUGCACCCCCACCGUCCCAAGUUUGGAAGAGUAACAAAUCCCAGACACACCACCCCCAGUUUGAAAAAAGCAUACAACACGCCCCACCGUCCCAAGUUUAGUUGUGAUCUUACAUCUCAUUUAAUUUAUACAAAGGUCGGUUUUUUUAUUUAAGUUAAACCUUUGAGAUAUAGAUUA